CCUCAUUUGAUUAGCGGGAUUUGUUUUUUGUGUUCGAAGUUCUCGGAAAAAAUUGAAAUUAUUCCAAAAAAAUGGAAAAUAAUUCAACAAAAAGGCAAAAUGAUUUGCCAACAACGAUUUGUCAGUAUGGGAAGAAUUGCUACCGGAAGAAUCCUUCGCAUUUCCAGGCCUACAAUCACUCCCACUUGGAAUCUAUCAUACGAAAUCGCAAUGGGGAAGAGUACACGAUUCCGGAUGAAUUCGCAAUGAAAGAUCUCAUUCUGGAGCAGGUCAAGAUUGUUGCUAAACUCUUUCCGGAUCUUCUAAUUCAGCCACAGCAAAAGAUUCCAAAGAUUGAAAGGAAUUCAGAAGAUGUCACAAAGAGAGCUGAAGAACUGAAAGUCCCGGAAAUUGAGAAGAAGGUUCAGACAAUUGAGAAAACCCCUGAAAAUAUCGCAGUGAAAAAGGAAAAAGUUGAAGGGUCAAAAGUGCAGAAUAAAGAAGAGAACCCAGGCUGUUCUAGAAGCUCAACUUCUCCAAAGGAACCUCAAUUUGUCAGGAAUAUCCACGACAAUAUUGCAGUUGUCCUACCACGCGGGAAGAUGGAAGAGAAACUUAAAGCUGCUGCUCCUUUUAAUUACUUCCUAACAGCAAUCACUGAUUCCCCAGCUACUCACAAUGAAAGUCUUACAGUGACAUUUCAGGAGAUUCUGGAUAGGAGCUUGGGAGAGCUCGAGUGUUCUCUGCAGAUUAAUUUCAUGGUGGACAUCGGCUGGCUAAUGAUGCAGUAUUACUUCGCCGGAUACGGGGAGAAGCCUCUGAUGAUUCUGUAUGGUGAUGAGAACGAUGAUCUCGCUAAUAUUGGAAAAAUUAGAAAGAAUGUGGAAACAAUGAAGGUUCCCAUGGUGAAUUCAUUUGGCACUCAUCACACCAAAAUGAUGCUUUUGGCAUACACGGAUGGUUCAAUGCGUGUGGUAAUCUCAACGGCGAAUCUGUAUGCCGAUGAUUGGCACAAUCGUACACAGGGUUUGUGGAUCAGCCCUAAACUCCCAAAGGUUGAGGAUUCUAAGGACACGGCUUUCGGGGAGAGUCCUACGAACUUCCGGGAGAGUCUACUGCGCUACCUCAUGGCAUACAAUAAUCCCAAAAUUCAGCCAUGGAUCACACGAGUGCGCAAAUCCAAUUUCUCCGAAGUCAACGUCUUCCUCGUGGCAUCAGUUCCUGGUGGUCAUAUAAACUCAUCCUUCCCCAAGGGUCCCCAGUGGGGGCAUCCACGUAUGGGGCAUUUGCUGGCUCAACAUUCUGCGCGCAUUGAUGAAACAUGCCCCAUUGUGGCACAGAGCUCAAGCAUCGGUAGCCUAGGAGCCAGUGUUGAUUCCUGGGUACUCGGGGAAUGGGGUAUUAAUUUCCGAAAAGAUUCCGCUCCAGCAGGACUGCGUCGAAUGCCACUAUUUCGCAUGGUCUACCCCAGUUUUAUGAAUGUUAAGAACAGUCAUGAUGAUCUCAUUGGUGGUGGAUGCCUUCCCUACAGCAAGUCGGCCAAUGAUAAGCAACCCUGGCUCAAGAAUCAUCUCUGUCAGUGGAAAGCAAACAAGCGACACAGAACGCAGGCAAUGCCACACAUUAAGACCUACUGCCGUUGGUCAGAUAAAGGGAUCUACUGGUUCCUUCUCACUUCGGCCAAUUUGUCCAAAGCAGCCUGGGGAAUUCACAAUAAGAGCGCCAAAAUUGAGCCACCGCUGCGGAUCAUGAACUACGAAGCCGGCGUUCUCUUCCUGCCCAAAUUCAUCACAAAUGAGGAUACUUUCCCCCUUGAAUCCCAAUGUGAUUCAUCCUCUAAAACCAUUUCACUACCCUAUGAUAUUCCACUAGUACCUUAUGGGCUUGACGAUGUUCCAUUUGUGAUGGAUUACCUCCAUGAGGCUCUCAAAUAAAAAAUGGUGUAACGUGUUCUACAGAGGCAUCCUGAUUUUGUGGUUUGUUAGAUGAAUGUGCAGAAUGUCCAAAAUGGAGUCUAUUAGUUGAGAAUCUCAGGAUUUAAUUUAAAAGAAAGGAAGACUGUGACAAAGGAGAAUAGAAAAAUCUCUUAAAGAUUUUUUAACGUGAAAUGUAAAAAAUAACUAUGAAUUCCGAAAUUCUAUCUAAGAAAUUAUAUUAUUUAUUAUUCAGAAAACUAA